AUGGCUUCAUCAAAUACACCAUCAGAAACACCAACUUCUCAGGAACAAGGAUCAACUUCUGAUCCAACAAUUGGAACCCAAAAAAAUAGUAAUAGAGGAAAUACUGAUCCUGCAUGGGGACAUUGUAAACAAGUUGUGGAUAAAGGAAAAACUGUUCUAUUAUGUAUUUAUUAUGACAAGCUUAUUAGGGGUGGAGGAAUUAACCGGGUUACGCAUCAUUUGGCUGAAAAAGGCGGAGAUAUUGAGGCAUAUCGAAAGGUGCCAGCUAUGCAACACCUGGAGCUCAACCAACUAUCAAAAGUGUUCUCCAAAGCAAAAAAAUUGUGGAGAAGUGUGAUAUUGCUAUUGCAAGAUGCCUCUGUGCCAUUCAAUGCGGUUAAUUCAGCUUAUUAUCAGCCGAUGAUCGAUGCUAUUGCAAACAUGGGUGCAGGAUAUAAAGGGCCAAAUUAUCAAAGAGUUCUUGGAUAUUUGUUGAGUAAAUUGGUUGAAGAUGUAAAGAAGAUGGUUGAAGAUUAUCGUGUGAUUUGGAAACAAACUGGAUGUACUAUCAUGGUUGAUGGAUGGACUGAUCGUUUUAGGCGUACUUUAAUUAAUUUCUUGGUUUAUUGCCCUAAAGGAACUGUUUUCCUAAAGUCAGUUGAUGCUUCUCAUAUCUCGAAAACUGCUGAGGCUUUGUUUAAGUUGCUUAGGGAUGUUAUGUUAUUUGUUGGUCCUGAGAAUGUUGUACAUGUAGUGACAGAUAAUGCUGCAAAUUACGUUGCUGCUGGAAGGUUGUUGGAAUUGAAGUUUCCUAGAUUGUAUUGGUCUCCUUGUGUGGCACAUUGUAUUAAUCUGAUAUUGCAGGAUAUUGAGAAGUUAGUGGAAGUGAGUGAAACUGUGUCACAAGCUUCAAUGAUUACGAAGUAUAUCUAUAAUCACUGCCAUCCUUUGUACUUGAUGAGACAGUUCACAGGCGGCCGAGAAAUACUUCAUCCAGCUCCAACUCGAUUUGCCACUAAUUUCAUUGCUUUGCAAAGUAUUCUGGCUCAAAAGGAUGCAUUGAGAGCUAUGGUGACAUCUAGAGAAUGGACAAGUUCAGCUUACUCUAAAGAAGCCAAAACUAAAAAGUUUGUGGAUCAAGUCUUAGAUUCUAAAUUUUGGAAUCAAUGCACUGAUAUUGUUAAACUUACGGAGCCACUUGUUCGUAUAUUGCGUAUUGUGGAUAAUGAAGAUAGAGCUGCAAUGGAAUUUGACAAGCACAAAGAAACAAUUCCUUGCCUACUAGAUGUCAUUGAGAGAUAUGCUUAUGGUGAUGCUGAUUUGAAUACUAAAUUAACAAGUGAGAAGAGAAUCUUUAAGAAUGCUGAAGGAGACUUUGGAAGACAGUCUGCAAUAUGUGAGCGAAGCACCAUGAUGCCUGAUCAACGGUGGGAAUCUUAUGGAUGUGGAGCACCAAACCUGCAAAAGUUAGUGAUUCGUGUUUUGAGUCAAACUUGUAGUACUUCAGGUUGUGAGCGUAACUGGAGCAUUUUCGAACACAUUCACUCAAAGAAAAGGAAUUGGUUAGAGCAUCAAAAGUUUAAUGAUCUUGUUUAUGUUCAUUACAACUUAAGGCUACAACAAAGGAACCGAAUGAGAAAGCAAAGUUAUGAUCCAAUUUGUCUUGAUACAUUUGAGGAUCAUUCGGAAUGGAUAAUGAAAGAUUCACCAUCAUUUUUAACUCCUGAAAAAGUUGAUGCUUUACGGAAUGAUCUUGCAAAUAUGUCUCUUCAAUCAGCUUUAGAUGAUUUGGAUGAAUUGAAUCUGGAAGAUGAUCGAGAUGAUGGUGAAGCUAAUAAUAUUUCUGCAGAAAAUACAAAUCAGAAUGAAACCAAUCAGGAUGUAGCUCCAGAUUUGUCAGAUGAAGAAAGAUAUCUAGACUUUGAAGUUAUUCCUUAG